AAAAGCAAUUGAAAGUAUUUUUGAAGAUUCUUAUCUUUAUUACAUUGAGUAAUAGCCAUUUAAUCUUGCCGUGCUUUAAAUGCCACUUUGACACGUAAAUAGCGUGCAUGCGCAACCCAAUGGGUGCGGUUACUCAAUGUGUGAUGAAUCGUGUUCUCUUUUCUCUGGCGCUGUGGUGGAGAUUAUUUCAAUUUAUAGUUUCAUUGGCCUCAACGAAGAUAGCCGGAUUACCCAAUGGUCGUGUGCGUACCGAUGGUAGAAGAAACUAAAUCAUUGACGGCGAACAGCUGGUAGUUUUCGGACUCGUGAACUGUGUCGCGUGAGAUUGCGUGGGAAGUGUUGCUUCAAAACUUGGAUGGCACGGCACGUCGAUAUGUGAUGUGAUUUACAUGCCCUGUGCUCAUUUCUUUCGAUUUGGAACAACAAAAUGUGUGUUAAAAGAUUUUGUACACAACAGUUGGAACGAUCAGGCGAAUCGUAGCCCAUUUCCCUAGAAAGAUGACGAGGAAAACGUGGUUUUUUCAAUACCCUAUUGCUGUCUACCGGCGGGAGUAAAAUCAGAUAACGGAACACUACAAACAUACGCGAGGAGCUUUUGUGAGGGAGAAUGCCAUGUGUAUUUAUAGUUCUUAAUUUCAAAAGGACGAAGUAGUUUAGUUUCUAGUAUUCUCAAGAUCUUCGUCUCCCAACAAAUACAGAAAACAAUGGCAAGUUUGGAUAUACUUUGAGAAUCCUGUGAGGAAAUGUGGGUGCUUUGAAUUCGGGAGUUGUCAUACAGUGUCCCGUCUUGCAAAAUAAAAAUAGCUGACCACGUCAUACAUACCAGCGUCCGUGGAAACGUCAUAGAAUGGUGACUGCUUCUUUGGUGGUGCUACCUUCCCCCGAAUGUUGACAACAUUAUCAUAAGCAAAAAUCAGGUCUUGCUGCCAUCAUCUACAAUUUCCCUACAUGGAAGUGAAGUCUUGCGGUAUGCGAAUCGUGGAGUAAAAUCUUCAGUGAUCUGCAAAGACAUCUGAGCUCCCCGUGGUUGGGAGAUGCCAGUCGUGCAGCCACUCUGAGCUCCUGUGCACAGAGUUAUGCCGCCUUAGACCCGCUGACGUCACUGCUAAUCUCAAACAGCGCCUCACGAAACUCUCGUUAUUUUUUGAAGACUGUGCGGUGAAGGUCGCUGGUGAGGAUGACGCUGGAGCGUAACAUGCAGCCUCCUCACUCGUGCCCGGAGAGCAUGUCCGCGCGCUGCGCUAGCGCCGCCAUCGACAUCCCCAGGAAAGAUGAGCCCAUGUACAGCCGCAACUCGCCCAACACGCUGCACGUGCUGACCACCAGCUCCGACCUCGAGUUUUCCAAUAGCAUGCUCAGGCUGGAGCAUGAUGCAGACCAGCUGAGCCUUACCGAGAAGUCGGACGUUUCUUCCAGCCCACCCAACACCACAGCUCGCUCUGCCCCAGUCACCCCCACUCACAACCGUAGCAGCAGCGUUGAUGUGGGGUACCGAGACGGCACACAGCGUGGAUUUUUUGACGGACUACUUGGAUGUCUCCGCCCAGUGUGGACCAUCAUUGGCAAAGCAGCAGCUGCCGAACUCAAGCAGCAAGAUGACUGGGAAAUUCCAUUUGAGAGCAUCACUGAUCUGCAGUGGUUGGGAAGUGGAGCUCAAGGGGCUGUUUUCUUGGGAAAAUUGUGUGGUGAGGAAGUAGCUGUCAAGAAAGUCAGAGACAUUAAGGAAACAGAUAUUCGCAAUUUACGAAAGCUCAACCAUCCGAACAUCAUUUCUUUCAAGGGUGUCUGCACUCAAGCGCCAUGCUACUGCAUUAUCAUGGAAUACUGUCCCUAUGGACAACUUUACGAAGUGCUGCAAGAUGGCAAAGAAAUCCCCCCAAGUCUGGUAUUGGACUGGUCCAAGCAGAUUGCCAGCGGCAUGAACUACCUCCAUUCACAUAAAAUCAUCCAUCGGGAUCUGAAGUCGCCCAAUGUCCUUGUAGCCAAAAAUGAUGUGGUCAAGAUCUCUGACUUUGGGACCAGUCGAGAGUGGAAUGAAAAAAGCACCAAGAUGUCAUUUGCUGGCACAGUGUCAUGGAUGGCUCCAGAAGUCAUCAGAAAUGAACCAUGCAAUGAGAAAGUUGACAUUUGGUCAUUUGGUGUUGUACUGUGGGAAAUCUUGACAAAAGAGAUCCCUUACAAGGAUGUAGAUUCGUCUGCCAUCAUCUGGGGUGUAGGCAGCAAUAGUCUACACCUGCCUGUUCCAGACACCUGCCCUGACGGAUUUCAGCUACUUAUGCGCCAGUGCUGGAGUGCCAAGCCCAGAAAUCGACCCUCUUUUCGCCAGAUUCUUAUGCACCUUGAGAUUGCUUCUCCAGAACUUCUCAAAUACAACCGAGAGGAUUUUGUAGAGGCACAGGGUCUGUGGAGGGAAGAAAUCAAGGAACAUUUCCAGAAAAUGAAGGCAGAUGGUUCUCACUUGCCACAGCUAGAGGAAGAACUCAUUAGACGCAGAAAGGAAGAGCUGAGACACGCACAGGAUGUGCGAGAGCACUAUGAGCGCAAGCUAGAGAGAGCUAACAACCUUUACAUGGAGCUCACAGCCUGCAUGUUGCAGCUAGAGAAACGAGAGCGGGAGUUAAUAAAACGAGAACAGCAGUUUGCACUGUACAGUAAGCGGCGGAAGUCUAUUGUGCGACCCAUCAUUAAAGCUCAAGAACGACUAGACCGACUUGGCAAGAAACGUCCACAUAGGUCUACUGCUGAACUCAACAGUCCGGACUCCCUCAAAACAGAAGGAACUGGCAGCAUGACCACAAGUUCUGAACAAGUUCUUCCAUCACCCACCAAAAUUCGGGCUCGAAAAAGUAGACAUCGGCGCAACAAUAGCCGUGGGUCCAUUACCUCCCCAAUCAAAAGUCCUUCUCGAGAUUGCAUUGUGGAAGGGGAGGGCAGGAACACCCUCCAUCCACAUGAGGCUGUUGCAGCAGGAAGUAGCAGCCACCAUCUGGAGGUCUCCCCUAGCAGCUUUAGGUACAUGGGUCCUGCAACGGCAAUCCGUGAACACCUGACAGAGGAUGAGUAUGAGCACACAGAAGACCAUUGCAAGCCAUCAAACGUUGUACCCAAGGUACACAGUGACCAAGACAAUAUGAAUGAGGUUUGCUUUGGCUGUGAUGGGGGCUGUAGUGAUGCCACCUGCAGCAGCAGCAAGCGGUCAAGCCAGAUCAGCGCUGAUGUUGAAAGUACCUGUGACUCACCUGCUCGCAGCCCUUUACGACAAGGUCAUGAAUCAAUGCUUCCUACUCUAGGUUCAUUGAUAGAUGACCCUACCACUAUAUCUCCCUCCGUCUCCACUUCCAAUAUAUCUGAAUCACAGACAAAACCAGUGCCAGAGAAAGACUCAAAUGAGAAUCUCAACCUCCAUACUGAUGACUUUGUGUAUAAAAUAGAGGAAGAAGAAGAAACUCACGAGAACACAACUGCUACCUCUUUGAUGGAGAACUGUACCGUCAAUGCAGCAUUGAAGCGCUCCAUCUGUGAGCAGGAGAGGCCUCCUAAACGUAGCCCUGCACUUGUCCAGUGUAUGGAGAGUGUUGAUUCAGAGGCUAAUGAGAAUCGACGUGGACAUGCUGUUAAGUUUAGGAACAUCAAGCACUCUGAAGAUUCUUGGUCUGAAGAGGAAGGGGAGGUAAGUGAGGAUGAGUCAAACAACCGCCGUCGCACGCAUUAUUCCACACUGAGCUCUGAGGGUGCAUUCUCAGAGGAGGAGGGGAACAUGAGUGAGGCCUCCCAUGUCACACCUGAUGGUGGUUUGCUUUCAACUGGAAGUGCAGAGAAUCUGCAGCGUGAACUUGCCAAGUGCACCUGCGUUUCCGAUGGGCUCUCAGACAAAGAGAUGACCGUCAAACGCAUGCGGAAUCAAGUUAUAAGUCCACCGGAAAGAUCUUAUGAAAACUGUGCACCAGAUUCCAGCUCAGAUUCAGAUGAAUGCUCAAAUGGAACAGUCUCUUCAACAGUGCAAAGAACUCGGUCCUUUGAAAACAGAGAUAUGGUGUGGUGAAGAUUUAGUUUUCUGAGCAGGAGCAAGACAGGUGAUGAAGGAAUCUGCAUCAAGGACAUCGAUCUCCAGAGAGCUGCUGGACAUUGAUGUGGAGACUGGGAAGCAGCUGCUGGUGGCAGCACUAAAAGCUCAGCCUCUGGCACCACAUAAGAGUCAUAUCCGGACUGGUCUCACAUGUACCAGCAUGUCUCUUGCCUUGAACAGCGAUACACAAGACUGUCACAUCACCUGGAUCACUGUCAUAGCAGCUGUACUGUAUAGUCGUCAUGGAACAGGCAUCAUCAUUGUUUGUUUUUGUUCCUGAAUGUGAAGGGCAUGAAACUGCUAUUUUCAUUCUGAUGCAUGGAUCUGAAUCCACAAUACCAUGAUCCAUACAGGACAGCACACAGACUGCAGUUUAACAAGCUGUGUAGGCCACAAUGGCUACACUUGCUUUUAAAUUGCAGGGCUUAAAAGCAAGGAUGAGUAUUCUCCAAAAUUUGACGCAGUACAGUUGUGACUUUUUGCUGCAGCAGUUGGCUUCAUGCGCACAUUACUCAAUAUAAAUCAAAAGCAAAAAUCAGAGCAGUCUAGUCAUGUGAACACUCACAUUUGGUGGCAGGAUUAGUUUGCCACACAAUGAAUAUUGUGAUGAACAGACGGAUUGGCCACACCCUCACAGAGUGAGGGAAGAUUAUUGAGAACAGACUCGAGAGUGCAUAGUGCAGCAAGAAGGCAGCAAGAACUCUGAAUUUGAGACUUGUUUACAAUACCUCCAAGUGAGGCCACUGAAGAUCAGAUGGCUGUUAAACCAGCAUAACACUCUGUCCAUAAAUGAUAGUUUGGCUGUUGAUAAUUAUUUGUGCACACAUUGAAACCAGAUGUUUGUUCUUUGCACUGGUCUAUGGUGCAUUAACAGAGAAAGGCACCAGACUUUAAUAGCUUGUUAUGGCGCUGUAUUUUGAAUGUUUUGGUAUCUAAAAAAGUCAGUUGUACUGAAGCUUGACAAGACAUUAGAGACUGCAAAUGGCAUGAAGAGUUUACAAAACAUACAUUCACUUUUGGCAGAUUUCAUGAAAUUCACAUUCUUCCCACCCAACUUCCUUCUUCAAGAGUGCAUCUGAACAUGGGACCAGUUCUUUUGAUCAGAAUGGUUUUAAGAUCAACCAUUUUGUGAAAACUACUCACUAAACCUUAAGAGAUAUUAUGGAGAGAAAAAAGAUUAUUCAGACUUUUUGUGAUUUUUAUUUUAUGUUUGUUUUGAAAGGUUCUAGAGGUUCAUGUUAAUGAGCAGGGUACUGGCCAUGUGAAAAUAGUUUUCCCUCUAUAGAUGUCACCGACAUAUCAUUCUUAUCACUUCGGCUGUUUCAAGCCAGAAUUUGAAACAUGGUGUAAAUGUUUUCAACUACUUCUGAGGCCUGGUGCAAGGAAUGGAACUAUAAGCAUCAAAGACAAUGCGAAGUUGACGAAGGAAUUUCAGACUUUCUGUGUUAUCUUAGAUUUCACAUGUUGUCUCUCCCCAUACAGUUGAUCCCAGGAUAUGUGUUAUCUGACUCAGCUUAAGCGGCUUUGGGGAGGCCUAGACAAAGUAGAGCCAGAUGCUAGUGCUUGAAUUUGUUCUGUGCAUACGUGCAGUUUGUUAUUCAUUAGAUUUUCUAGCUUUAGAGCUUGACUUUUCUUUUAUGUGGUAUAAGGAGUUUGAAAUUGUUACAAAAGGGUUUUUAAAGUGAAGCUGGCCUUAUGUGAUUCAACUAAGCGGUAAAGCAAUUUGCAGCAAAAGUUUGACUUAUUUCACUAAGAGAAAUUGCAGGGAAGUUGUUCAGCUGACCACCAGUUUUAUUUAACUUAGUGAAAAGCGCAAUCCCUCUUGAAGAGGUUGGUGUUUACUGACACUUGUAUGUCCAUGUGUCACUGUUGUUUUUACCAUUGGAAUAUAAAUGAUUGCCCAAGGGGUAACAAAAUAUAGCAACCACAGUAUAUUGAUAAUUUGAUUAUAAAGAGAAAGUUAAAACAUUAUUUAAUGGGUAAAAAGUGAGCUUUUUUAGCUUCAAGUGAUGAUGGACUUUAAGUGAACAGACUUAUAAAUGAAAAAAAAAACUACAGUAUGUUAGUUAACAUAUAAUAGUUUUGCCCUUAAAUGAAUGGGUGCUGAAUUAAUUUAGCAUUGAUUGAUUCAACACUAGAUUUAUAAUAAAGAAAAGGUAAGAGUGCCAUAUUGGGUGAAGAUCAUUGCUUCACUUUAAGAAUCAGAGUCAUGUCAAUUGCCUCUAUAAUGACCAUGCACUCUGAUAAUGAUUUUGUGUAGCCUUUAAUUUAAAAGUCAGUGAAUAUUUUUGUUCCUGAUUUUCAUUUUGGAGGUGGGUGGGGGAUUAUAGGGGGAUUAGUUUACAGUUUUGAACGAAGUAGUUGACAAUUGUUAAGGCCUGCAAUUUAUUUUUAAUUUGACAUGGCAUUGGCAAAGAGUGGAUGGAUGUCACAGCUCAGAACUGUUAGUGAGUGUGUGUCUGGCUUUGUAUGGCAUGAGGCAAAACUUGCAUGUUUUUGAACUGAACUGAAGGGCAGCGUUGAGACUUUCCAUGUCAACCGUGUGGAAUAUUACUUGUAUGAACAUGUUAGUGUGGUGCUUGAUUAUCGAAUGUUUUUAACUUGGUGUUAAGAAAAGAAAAAGUACAGAAGCUUUGGACGAUCAACAAAGUUCUGCUUAUUUCUCACCAAGAUCUGUUGGUGUCAGUGACCUUUGGUUGUUUUCCUUUAACUGCAGACCUCAUGAUGGAUUACCUCUGAGCAUGUGUUACGUGUAGUAGCAAAUUUUGACCACAGCCAGUAUCAACUUAUUUCACAUUCCUUUUUGCAUUGCUUUGAUGUGCUUUAUCUGGGACAGGUCCUUUCCAGAAAAUGUGAUUUCAUCAAUCUUCUUAUUUCUGUCAUUUUUUGUGCAUAUUUUGUGUUUGCGUGUAUGUGCAAAUGCAUGCAAGUGUAAUGAAGAGUGUUGUUUGUGAUAUGAGAGACACAUUACAGCUGGUGACAGUAACUGAAUUAGCAGAUGUUUUUGCCAACACCAUGUAACAAUUAUAUCAGAAGGGUUCAUAGCCUGCAUUAAAAAAAACCACCUUCCUUUCUCAGUAACUUGCCUAACUGCUGCCUACACAGAAAAAUAUGUUGUACAAUGUUUCAGAUUUAUUAAAUGAUUUCCACUUCUUUGUUUAUUUGUUAUAAUUCUAAAAGCAUUUCUGAAAUCACCCGUCUUUCAAAAAUGAAAACAGAAAAGACAUGCAAACUAGAUAGUUUAAAUAAAAUUAACAAUAUUUCAUUGAAUACUUUUUUUUAUUCCUUUGAUCUGGUUUAUAGAUGCCUGUUUUUGUAAUGUAGAUCCAUAUGCUUUUCAUGUGUAAUUUUUAUUUUGGUCAUAUUUACCUUCUGAUGUUCUGUAUAUAAAUGCUAGCACCAGCAUGAUAGGCAGAGACACUGAUGGCCAAAACCCAUUAUCAUAAAAUGUAUAUUUGAUCUCAGUAUACUCCAUCAAUUGUGCAGAGAUUGUAGUAGUCUUGCAAAUUUUAUCCAAAACCAUUCAGCCUCAAUAUGCUUGAUGUAAAGUUAAGGGUAGGGGCAGGCCCUUAUCCUUAUGGGUGGCAACACAUACCUCUGCAAGGAUCACACUUAAAAGUAAGCAACAUGCAGGGUUGCUUGUAAAAUAAAAAUCAAAACAGCUUAGUUAUAUCUAGCAUGCAGCACAUGUUCAUGUCUCACAAUGGCAUCACGAUGCAAUAGUUCAUGAGUGUCACCAGUCAUCAUUUACAAGCACAUCAUAGUGAGGUUAGUUCACAUGUUACAGAAAAAUCCAUCCAGAAAAGAGAAAGAUAACAACUAUUCCAGCUUUUAACAUUCCUUGUAUUUGCCUCUUUGACAUUUUAUGCAUUCUUUAAACUGAUUUUUUUUUUUUUAUUAAUCCGGCAACAGACCAUCUGUCUACAUUCCUAAAUGUUGUCUUUCACACCUUUGCAUAGUUGUGUGUUCAUCUUUUUAUUAUGUUUUAAAGGCACUUUGUAUAUUUAUUGUUUUCUAGAAUCAAAGAUGUUCUAUUUUUUGUAUGGUUUUCUUUUUGUUGAAUGAAAGAUAAUCCUCUGUUACAUAUCACUUUUAUUGGUAGCAUUGUGUUGUGAUUUUUGUUUUCUUUUAUCUUUAGUCUUAAGAAUGUUAUUUUUCAUUUUUGAAACUUUAUAAUCUUUCACUUAAAUUCUCAUUUACUAAUUUUAUGUUCAGCUAGCCAUGUCAAGGUACUGAUACUAUGAGACCUAUUAUGUCAGCCUGCCUUGAGAAUGUCGGCUGGUGCUUGGUUAUUGAGACAAAAUGGUCAAAUUGCAUUUUUUUUUUUUCAUUAAUUGAAGCACUUUGUGAAAUGAAAACAAUACAUAGUUGUAUCUGGCUUUUUUUUCCCUUGACAAUGAUAAUCAUUUUCAACAGUGCUAUGUGUCUCGUUUUGGGUCAUUGUUGAAGGCUUCUUGUUGGUAAUAAACAGUACCUUGUUUCAUUAUCUAUGAUAGACAAAAGUCCAUUUUGUAAUUUGAAUUUCUUUCUUUUUUGAGGCCACAAACAUUCCUUGGAGUCCCCAUGUUACAGAGGGAAGGUGAGCCCAUCAGAGUGAUUUUAAAUUUUGCUACUUCAUGACCCUUUUCUUGGUCUGGGCUGAAAAUAAGUUGAAGUGGACUGGUUAAAGAAUGUGUAUGUUUUUACUGGGUUUUUUUAUAGUACACUGUAAAACACAUGUUUUCUGUACUUAAGCUUUACAUCAGAGCUUUUAAAAUCAGAUCAAGCUCCACAUUUGCCCUGAAACCAUUAUGGAGUUGUAGGUGAUCUGUAAAAACAGAUUAAAAUUCUUCGUUGUUUGGAUUCUCAUCUUGGGGGUAUUUUCUUAAUCUUGUUUCCAAUUCAUUCCAUCAAAUACAGACAGUCUGAGAGCUGCAAUUUCCCCAUGCCAAAGAAUGAAGUAUGCAUGAAGGUUUAUUUUUAACUUAUUGUUUCCUUGUUUUCCAUAAGUACAUUUUGUUGAUCUUGUCAAUCUGCAUUUGAUUUUGUGCCAUGUGGUCUUGAUCUCAUGAGAUGUAGAAAAAGAUAUUUACUGGGCAGCCACGUUUAAAAUUAAUACUGUGCUCUGUUCAAGUUGUUGGUAUUUUGUGUUUCGGAUUUAGUAGAUUUUUGAGUUGUCAUUUUGAAAAUUGUUUAUUUAUACAUGCAUGAACAUACACACACACAAAAUCUCCCAGGGUCUCUCUCUCUUACACACUAAUGAAGGCAUGUUUUAUUAAAAUUUUAUGGCAUUUAAUAAUUGGUAGCCAUUUAUAUGGCCUGAACCAUUUUACAAACAUUUUAUCAUCAUCAAAUUUUAGAAAAGAAAAAUUGGAAUUUAUUAUUCCACAGUCUUUCACAUCCCAGCCGGCAGAGCUUGGACAAGAAUCUUUCUAUUAAGUUACAGCAGCUCUGGAUUUAACUUAAACUGGAAGAGUAGGAAUGAUUUUCUCACAACUCGGUUCUGUUACAUCAUUGUCAUUCAGAGACAGUAGGUGUUGAAAGUCACCCUUUUUUUCAAGAAGCCAUUGUCGGAUACUCUGUAUCCAAAACGGCCAUUUCAUAAAUCAUAACCACUCCUACUGUUAAAAAAAAAAGGUUGGGCGGGGGAACAUCAAGGCCAUUGUACCUGGCACACUGAAUGUGCCUCAGGGUUUGUCUUCUAGUGAGAGAGAGAAACUGUCAGCAACUCACUCUAUCUUUAUUUAUUUUGUGUGUAUGUGUGUGUGUAAGUCGCUGAUGUGACUCCAACGAAUACCGCAGCAUGUAGUCGAUGUUAAAUGUGCUUGUGGUUGGUCUCUCUCUCUCCUUCUGUCUCUCUCUCUGUCCAACCCAGGAAGUCUUCUUUGGCUGCUUCGUUGCUAAAACUCGUGUAAAUAGAUGUUUGUGCUCAGCUUUUCGCAAACGACGCCCACCGUCACUACUCUCUGUCAAGUCCUUACAGGUAUUUUUUCUGCCCUCUAGAAGAACCUGCUUGGCCUCGUCACAAAAGAAAGCAUAUUUCAGUGGUGUUUAGGUGCUCUUGACUUAAGAGUGUGGGUCUGUACGUCUGGAAUGACUUGUGACUGCGUUUGUCAGUUGGCGUGCAGGUGCAUGCAAGGGAGGUUGGGGGUUUUGGAAAAAGGGAGUGGGGUUGGGUUUUUCCCCCGCUUUCUGUCGGCCAUUCAGAGUGUAUAGAACCCGUCUUCACACAGCAGGUAGUGAUACUCAAAUAUGCGAGCAGUGGGGUAAGGCAGAUGCCAUGUCGACCAUCUCUUGUCUGGCAGAGACUACAGUCCUGGAAAUAUUCCUCUUCAUUGGCUGCUCUGCCUGAUUGUCUCGGGGCGAGUCAAUGCUCUCUGUCCAUUAUCAAUGAAGGCUUUUCAGAGUGCAUGCGAGUUUGUUUUCUUCCACUCUGCAUCAGGCAAUUAACUCGUUCGUUUUUCAUCUCCUCAAACCACAAAAUGUCUGGGUAGUUGCGUAGUAGUGCCAGUAGCGGUCCCAGUUCUCCUCUUUUGUCCCCAUACAAGCGCUCUGUUGAAUUCUAUCUGCCUACAGCUAAGAUUUGCGACAUAAAUAGCUAGGUUCAGAAUGGAGGUUUCUAACUUAUACCCUGGACGUAAAACUACGAAGCAGAAGGUAUUCUGAUACUUCUUUAUCAACUUCCCUGAUUUUGUGACGAAGGGCGGCGGUGGAGUUGGUUAUCAUCGUGAUCUUGAUGAUUCAUUCAUUCAUCCCAUGACCAGUUGGUAAAUGGUUAUGCUGGUUGUUUGCAUGCCAUCUCUUCCUCUGUCUACCCCGGCGUUGAUCGCCUACCCCACUCCACUCCUAGGUACCGUGAAGAACAUGGCGAACUUUACGAGCUUGCUCCGCUCGACUUGCGAGAAGGGUUUCUACGUGUCCCAGUGAGUGGCAGCCGUGAUCCAUACAAAGUCGUUGGGUUUGCAGAUCGUGUAGGAUAUUCGAAAAAACCACAAGUUCUUCGAUGCCGAGAUUUUCUCUCUAUAUCAGGCAGAUAUAUUCUUACAUUAAGAUAGGGGGUAUAAGGGACUGGUACAGUUUUGUACUUGGUUGCAACCCUGAUGGUGUUGCUGCGCCCAGUCUUGUCCAGUCUGGCCAUUGUUGCUGACGCGGAUGUCUACAGUACAGCUGCCAUCUUUGGACGAACUGACUCUCAAGUGUCAAUCCCUGCCGGACAGUUGCGGAAAGCAUGAACCAUUUUGCUCCCAAAUUCAGAGUUUUGCGCCAUGUUAACAAAGUGAACGUGCAUGUGUACACUUUGUUACCUUCACUGAGAAGUAUCCUAUGUCCACAUUGACUCCUUCACUCACUUUGUCGAUUUCUUUGAGAGCCAAAUCGAACGGAAAAGCCAACAAAAUGCAAUUGUGUCUAGUGAUAGUCAUGAACUGAUGGUCAUGGUUCACUUCUUUUGCAAAUACUUUUACGAUUACCUGGUGGAGAAGUAAUUUUUCUGCUGAUUUCCGCCUCGUGGUCGCCCUCGAUGAAAGUCAAACAUGAGAAGAGGGCAUUUAGAGGGUGGGUAGAAAAGGAUGUAACCAAUCGUCAAACGCCCUGCCUCCUCCCCUAACCAUAACACCGCAUGCACACUCAUAUCAGAGAAUGAUGUUCUUUGUUAUCUUUAAUCAUUUCGUUAUGUAAUGCUCCCACUUCAUUCUUCCCUCCUAAAUAAAAAUCAGUUCGAGAAUAAUUUCUGUAUAUAUAUUUUUAAUUAUCUUCUGUUGCGUCGUGAAUAGCCUCACCAUCCCUGCUAGGAACUCAUUUGUGCCGCAGGUAUGUCCACCGUGAAGUGGCGGCUGCAGGUAAAAAUGUAUUCAUACGCGUAAUCAGUCGGGAGGUCUUCAAGAGGUUCCUGGACCUACAAAUAGACUUUUUGAUACCCACCGCGCUUUCAGUUCAUGAAAUAGGAGCUGCUUACAAGAGAGAGCAGAAAUAUCUCAAGAAUAAACAUAGAAGAAGAGUAAAAUAGGAAAAAAAAAACUCUGUUGCCCAUGGAAACAUGUAGUUGUACUGUACGGAGUAGUGUUGCGCCUCUGCCAGCUGACAUUCUGUGAAUUGAAUAGUUUAUGGUAGUCGUUGAUUUCUUGCAUUGAAUUGCAUUUGAAGUUCAUGUAUACAUGUAUAUAAGAUAUUAUGCAACCUGUUGUGAAGUGAUUAAACAGGAGACAACUGAUC